UGGAUGGAUGGAUGUGAGAGGUCCAUGAGAGAAGCUAGAGACUAGCAAGAGAAAUGUUCAAUAAGCUACUGAGGGGACGAAUGGCGGCGGUCGCCGACGACAUAUCUGACAUAUCGGAUGGAACCGUGGCGGCCUACGAGGGGGAAGUUUGUCACGCGAGACCCGAGGACGAACGACAGCGACGAUGAAGAUGGCGGUGUUUGUUUACGAUGAGCAGUCCCAGGGAGCCUCCAGCCCCCCCACGUCAAAGAGGACGAGAAGGAACUCUGGAUCUCCCAGGAAGUGCCGGAAGAAUCUGGUCUGAUUCUCGUCUCCGUGAAGACCGAAGACGAAGCGCAAGCGCCAUCUGAUGGCGACGACACCUCCCCCGAGCCUCUGAAUAAAAAGGAGAUGUCUAAGGAGUGCUUCUCCUGCUCGGUUUGCGCUCCAAUCUUUUCCUAUCAAAGCGCUUUGACGCGACACAUGAGGACGCACACAGGGGAAAAACCCUUCAGCUGCUCCGUGUGCGGCGAUAAAUUCUCCCUGAAGGGAAACAUGAUCAAGCACAAGAGAACGCACACGGAAGAGAAACCCUGUUGUUCCUUCUGCGGCAAAGGCUUCUUCCCCAAGGCCAACAUGUUGUCGCACACGAGAACACACACCGGGGAGAAACCUUUCAUCUGCACCUUGUGCGGCGACACCUUCGCUCACAAGGCCUCGUUGACGGCGCACACUGUCACGCACACUGGGGAAAAGCCGUUCACGUGCGCCGUCUGCGGCGAGAGCUUCUCCGACCACAGCAACCUGAAGUCGCACACGCGGAAACACACGGGGGAAAGACCCUACGCUUGCUCCGUGUGCGGCAAUCGUUUCUCCCACAAGGUGAACAUGGUGUCGCACAUGAGGAUGCACACCGGGGAGAAACCUUUCGUUUGCUUCGUUUGUGGCGAAAGUUAUUCGUACAAGCGCAGUCUGAACAGUCACAUGCGCGCGCACGUGUGAGGCGAGUGCGGGGGUGGGGCUACCCCCACCCAUGACGACAGGUACCUUCUCACGAUGUGCUCAAGACGUGCUACAAGCGACGCUGCAUUCAAACGUCUUGAAAUGUUGCAUUUGAGAUUCUCUGAUUGCAACAUGAUUUUAGUCCGCAUGUGUUGUCACAUGAACUUUUCUUUCAUGGCAAUAAAAGUCGUGACCUCUUUGCGUCUUCUCUUUUUCUUGGCCAAACGUAGAAAGGCUAACAAUGUUAGUGUCAUAAAAUCAUUUUUCUUUCCUAUUUCAACUCUGCGAUGCCAUCCAUCCA